AUGCGUGGUCUCCUUCUCAUCAGCGGGCUUGUGACCAGCGUGCUGAGUGCACCAGCCUCACACGGCGCUCAUGUGCUACACCAAAAGCGAAGCGAGGAAUUGCAUUACGAUGCAUGGGAAAAACGUGAAGCCGCAGACCCUAGCACCAAGGUCCCCGUCCGCAUCGCUCUGAAGCAGCGGAAUCUAGAGCGAGGGAUGGACUUCGUUUUAGAAGUGUCCGACCCGACUCACACAUCGGGAAAGUACGGGCAGUGGUAUACCCGAGAGCAGAUCAUCGACCUCUUCGCACCCUCGGCAGAGUCUAUUGCAAAAGUUAAGGAUUGGCUAAUUCGAGCCGGAGUUGCUGAGGAGUCUAUAGUGGUGCCCAACACUAAAGGAUGGGUCCAUUUUGACUCAACCGUCGGCCAGCUCGAAUCGCUUGUCAAGGCUGAGUACCAUAUCUAUAAUCAUAUAUCAACUCGUGGUGAGGGAGAUAUCGAUCAUCUUGGCACCGAUGAGUAUCACUUGCCAGAAGAGGUCGCCGCACACGUCGACUUCAUUGUGCCCGGCACAGCCUUCGGCCGGCUUGGCGCAGGAAGGCGCUUACGCCGACGGAAGAGUGGUGUUGGAGGCACGGGCGGCAGGCCGGUGCGUCCUCUGCCGCUGGAGCGGCGAUCAUGCUCUCCCUUGCAAGCAGCAGCCAGCCAAGAUUGCCCUCUCGGCUCAAAGCGGUGUGAGGUCUUCGCACACGGAAUCGCAAGUGACUGCGGCCGUACGAUUACUCCUGACUGUCUCCGAGCUAUGUAUAACAUCCCGAUGGGCAAGUACGCGAACCCGACCAACAGGUUGGGCAUCUACGAGGCAGAGGGUGAACUCUACGUGCAGUCUGAUAUGGACAAGUAUGUGAGAAAAGUUGCACCACACGUGCCGCAGAACUUCACGCCUGUUGUUUAUGAGAUUGACGGCACUCCCGGUAUCUCGACGGACCCUGACCAGGUGAGUGGCUUUUGUUUGCUCCGGGGCGCCGGUGGUGAGUGCAUGCUUGACUUUGAGAUGGCGGUCCCUCUCAUCUACCCGCAAAACACUGCCAUGUAUAUGGUUCCGGACCCCGGUUAUGACAAGCCAGGCGCCUGGAACCCUUUCCUUGACGCAAUGGAUAGUACGUAUUGCAACCGCACAUCGCAUGGAUAUACAGGAGAUACGCCAAAGAUCGACGGCAACUUCUCUCGGCAUGACUGCGGUACAGUAGCGCCAACUAACGUCAUUUCUAUAUCGUACGGUCUCACCGAGCCUUGGUAUCCAGCCAGGUAUGGUUACAGACAAUGCGACGAGUGGAUGAAGCUAGCUCUUGCCGGCACCACCAUUCUUGUCGCUAGCGGCGACGACGGUAUAGCAGAUCGCUCACUCCAAUGCAUGGGCGCCAACCAUACGAUAUUUAUGCCAGAUGCGACAUGCGACUGCCCUUAUAUCACUGCUGUAGGCAGUACCGUACUUCAGAACCAUAAGCGGCCCGGAGACACGGAGGUAGCAACGGAAUCCUUCUCCUCGGGCGGCGGCUUUAGCAAUAUUUAUAAGACCCCUAGCUACCAACUCAAGGCCGUGCAACAAUAUCUCACUAAAUACCCGCCCGCCUUUUCCUCAUACAGCACUAGUCGUGGCCAGAUUCCUCAAAACGGCGGGGUAUAUAAUCGCAACGGCCGCGCGUAUCCGGACCUAUCCGCGGUCGGGGACAAUGGCCUUGUCGUAGUAGGAGGGGACUUUGGACUCUCCGGUGGCACGUCUAUGUCGGCGCCUAUAGUCGGCGCCAUCUUUACGCUCAUCAACGAGGAACGGCUUGCCGCCGGGAAGACACCAAUUGGCUUCGUUAACCCCGUGCUAUACCAACACCCCGAAAUGUUCAACGACAUCCUUGUAGGCUCGCAGCCACUCGGCGGGCCACAUAAUUGGGGUUGCAGCAACAACGGCGGGUUUCACUGCCAGGAGGGCUGGGAUCCCGUCACAGGCAUGGGCACUCCUAAUUAUAAGAAGAUGCUGGAGGUGUUUAUGUCAAUUUGA